CCUUUGAUUAAUCAAGGUGUGCAGAGUUGAUUCAAAAGGAAAGAUUUUUUAUUUAUUUGAAAACAAACACAAUAUCAUAAUUGGUUUUAAUUUAGAACCCCAACUAUGGUUAUCUUACCACGUAAAGGUAUUCCUAGGAGCAAGAAAGUCCAAACUGUGCAUUAAAAGUGAAUUUAAAAAACCGGUUAUAUGGUGAGAUUUGCGGAUUCUUUCGAAAUAUUUCGUUUAUUGGGUUUUUUCCAGAGCAUAAACUAUAGGGUUUCCUUUCAAAACAUUAGACAGAGAGGGGGAAACUUUAGUGUUUGGAGCAUUGUUUAUCUUAAAGGCUUGAUCUUGAUAUUCAAUGUGUGCAUUUUUAAAUCUAAGGAUCAAUGCUGGAUCUCUCAAUUAAUUUAACCCUGUAGGGUGUUAUAACCACUUCCUGAUUUCGAAGAGUGAUCAAAUUAAUUAAUAUGUACGUCUACGUAAAGUGGAGAUUAAUGGGUAUUGUUUUGUUGCAGAGAUUAAAGUUCUGACGUUAAACUAUAAUUUCUAUAUUUUUUUGUCUUCAGAAUUAUCAAAAUGCCGAGCACCUCAGAUUCGUCAAGGACGAGCAGUGAAAGCUCUGAUAUUGAUCCUGAAAGUGAUUUGGAGAAAACAGAAAAUAAACAUAUUGUCAAGAAUAUUCAUGAUCAAGAUCAUGAUCCUUCAGCAGAAGAUGAACUGAUCGCUAGGGUUCAGGAUAUGCUAGAAAGGAGCAGGAAACCAAAAAGAGGAAAAGUGUCUAAACCCUGCAAAAAGGAUAGAAGGGCUAAACUUAGAGAGGAAUUGCAGAAACUGCUAGCUAGGGAGAAGGUUCAGACUGAGGAAAUGAGCUAUCCAGUUGGUUCUACGUCUUCGGCCAGGGAUACCAGGACAGUACUGUACAUAGAUCAGGGUGACACAGAGAUAGUUGCUCCGGAUACAGUUCAUUCUUCUCCAGACACCAGGUAUGAGAAUAGGUUUGUGGGACAGGAUCGAGGCUCUGGAAAGGAAAACCUCUUUACAUCAUCAUCAUACCAACGACACCAUGACAAGGACUUCCGUUCCCAAGGGGGAUCAGCUCUUCGCUCGGAUAAAGAUCGUCGAUAUGAUCGUCAAGAUGAUCGGCAACAAGAUCGUCAACAGGAUCAUCAGCAUGAACGACCACUUGGCUUUGGAGAUCUUUGUAGAUUUUUCCAGAAGGAGCUUAAACUUGAUUUUGAUGAUAACACUGCUAAUAAGUGUGCUACAACGAUGAUUGACUGCUGGAAGAAGAACAAGUAUCUCUACUCGGACCUAGAGGAGAUGUAUCUCGUGAACAUGAGGGACACCCACGACAGGGAGCUCUUGGCCAGGGAGCUGGGGAAGACAAUCGGAGACAAUAGGGAUGGAUUUCCUCAAGGUGUUUCAUGCCCUCGUCUGGUAAACCUGACAAUUAAAUUCUUCAACACUGAACCUAGGGUAGUUGACAAGCUUAGGAGGAUUCAGGAGCAGGAACACAAGAUUGAAAGUGGAAGUAUGAAUGCCAAUGAAGAAAUAAGGAUUCGGAAGAACAGCAAGUAUGCUGGAUUACGUCCUGUCACCUCCUGUUUGGAUUCUAUCCUUGAAAGAGCUGGACUUAAUAAAACCAGGUGUAUGGUUGUAUCUGGAGAUAUCACGGAGAGGUUUGUUACUGCUGGAUACGGUUGGGAUAGAGUGCUCCAGUAUCAUUCUAAGGGCCAGGAUAAGUUUAAGAAGAAAUUGAUUCCCUUCGUUUAUAUGUCCAAAGACGAUUUCCCGAUUGGUAUGGACACAGAAGGUGUACUCAACCAACUCUAUGGUUUUAUUAACACGUGGAAACUAAAACUAUUUGACGCGCUCACUUCUGGGAAACUUCCUGAUGAGGAAAUGCCCCCUGCUGAUCUGAGAAGUGCAUUGGAGCUUGAUACAAAGAGACCACCCUCAAACCACACGUCUUCAAGCCGCUCCAAACCUGUUUUUACAAGCCAUGAUGAUGAUGUUUCCCUACCUAAAGACUACUUGAAGAAAUCAAGUUCCAAAUCCAUCUGUGAGCUUGAACGUAUCCGACCUCGACCCGGCUUUGAUGAGGAUCAUGAACCAUAUCGGCUCCGUAAGAAUGUUGCAUUAGAUGAACCUGGAUAUGUAUCAGGGUAUAGCGAAGAUGAUUAUCCGUCCCGUCUCUCCAGAAUUGACUAUGAUAGAAAAAAGACCGUCAAAGAGCAUUUGAACAAAGGAUAUCCCGGCAAAGAUUGGAGAAAGGAAGAACAGUCAGGUAAAGAGAUGUAUUCCAGUUAUGAUGAAGAUAUAAGAGACUUUGACUCCCGAGACAACAGAAAACAGUUGAGAGAUAUUGAUGCUAGGACGGAGAAGGUUCCAUGCACACAUUUCGCUGCUAGGGAGGUCAAGGAGAAGGACGGAUAUGUUUCUGUUGAGGAUUCUGACGGUAAAACAACUUUUUAUCACUAUACAGAACCAGGGGCUCGGUCAUUAAGCCAUGAUAGGAAAUCAUCGCCCAGAGGAUCAUCAGUAGAUUCUUUAGGUUUAAUUGAUAGAAAAAGAAAACUGUCUGAACAUGAUUUUGAUCUAGAAAAACAGGAAUCAUUUGAGAGACCAGUGUCAUCAAAGAAAAAAAUGAAAUCUACUGAAGGUGCUCCCGUUGAGCCACCUAAGGAGAAAGCUUCAAAAAGAAAAAAGAAAGAGAAGGAGAAGGAAAAAGAAAAGAAGAAGAAACCAUCUGUCUUGGAACAAGUUAGUGAAAUUCUAAAAUCCUGCAGUGGUCUUCAGCUGACAACUCCAAAAUCAAUAAAGGUUUCCGAUCCCAAACCUGGAAAAAAAGAGGCAAAGGAGCAUGUGAAAGAAGCUGCUGUGUGGAAACCAGAUAUAAAACAUGAAAUCAAGCUGAAUAAGGAAUUGUAUGAUGACAACGACGAUGAUGAAGAAAAUGAUGAUGAUGUAAAGAUUGAGAAAUCUCUUGAAGACGGAGAGAUUCACGGCACUGAUGCAGAAGAUACUGUUAAUGAGAUUGAUGAUGGUGUAUUUGAAGAACCAGACAAGAAUGAAAAUAAACGAAAGGUUGUUAUGGUAGACAAGGUUAUUGAAGACAAGGAUGAUGAUGAUUUAUUAAGUAAAAUACCCCGGGGGUACAGGAUUAGGUCUCUAACUAGAUCCAAGUCUAAAUCUAAAACUCCGAAAUCUAUUUCUAAAUCACCAGCACUAAAACUGCGAAAGCUAUCACGGUCUAGAACUGCAUCACCCCUGGCUAACAUCAGGCCCAAAUCAAGAUCAAAAUCAAGAUCAAGAUCAAAAUCAAGAUUUAGAUCAAGAUCAAGAACAAGAUCAUGGUCUAGAAACAGAUCAAGGUCUGUUACUCCACGAAGCCGGCGUAGUACCCGAUCCCGGAGUCCUAAAGUUAAACGGUAUCCAUACAAGCCAAGCUAUAGAGGGGAAUAUAAGUCAAACUACAACCGACAUUCUAGGUCUAGGUCUAGAUCUCCUCCUCGACACCCAACCUGGAUACCCGUCAGUCCUUGUGCUGUCACGGAAAGUAUAGAACUUGAACCCUUGAGCACAAUGCUGGUUAAGAUCUCUGCCAAGGAAGAGUUCAGAUAUAGAGAAAAUGAGGGAUGCAUGGUCCGUGUUACAAAAUGGACUGGGAGAGACUCAAUCCCUGGGAUUCAAAUUCGACCCCAGAUAGUCACUCUUGAUGACGAAUCAUCAAUGGAGAUUGAGAUUAGAAACCCAUUCGCCGAUAAAGCCUUAUUUUUACAGAGGCAGGAUAAAGUUGCGUGUCUCUCCGUUCUCUCCGGACCAGCUAAGCCUGGCUUCUUUAAUAGGGACGUUUCUCCGGAGUCAUUUGAAACCCGGGAUAAACGCUGGUUCCGUGUAUCAUCUGUAGUUCUACACCGUAAAGGAACACUUGAUCGUAUAACAAUACAUCCUGGCAGAUCUAUGAAGGUUAUUGCAACUAUAACAGGACCUAUAAAGAAAUAUGCAGGUAAAGAGAUCUUGAUUUCAAGAUUGGAUUCAAACUCCGAGUUUCCAGUACACUCCCAGGUUACUCGUAUAUGUGAGAAUGAAAAUGUUGGGUUUGAAGUCAAAAAUCGUGGAAACUCAGUCAUGAAGAUUUUCAAGGUAAACCUAAUUAAAAAUUUAUUUUUAUUUUCUUUGAUCUAUAUUCUAAAAAACGUUUUAUCUUAGCAUCUUGAUAUAGGG